AUGACUGUUCCCAAAUACGAUCAUGUUGCUUUUAGAAAUUUCACAUACAAACAAACCACUCCCUUUAUCAUAUAUGCUGAUUUUGAAUGUCAGUUACAUAAUUUUACAGAUUCUAAUGUAAAACUGAGCAAAACAGCAAAAUACCAAAAGCAUGUACCUUAUAGUGCAGGCUAUUACUUUAAAUGUGCUUACGAUGACAGCUUAUCAUAUUUUCGAAGCUACAGAGGUGAAAAUUGCAUGGAGUGGUUUGCAAAAGAAAUGGCUGAAAUAUCCAAAUUUGUUAAUUCUAAAAUAAAAUCAAUUGUACCUAUGGUUAAAAAGCCUAGUACAAGUAAGGCAACUGCCUGUCAUAUUUGUGAGAAACGCUUUUUAGCUACAGAUAUAAUUGUGGUAGAUCAUGAUCAUUUUACCGGAGAGGUAAGAGGAUUUGCACACCAAGCAUGCAAUUUAAACUUCAGAAAGGUGUUUAUUGUGCCAGUAGCCUUCCAUAAUUUUAGUGGAUAUGACUCACAUUUCAUGAUUAUCGAUUUAUGCAAACAUGGGCGCCUGAGCUUACUUCCUAUUAAUAAAGAAAAAUAUAUUUCUUUUACUCUACAUUCAGAUGAGCAUAAAAUUAGAUUAAGAUUUAUCGAUACUAUGAGAUUUAUGGGAGCUUCACUCGAUGAAUUAGCAUCACUUUUAGAUACUUCAGAGAAGAAGAUUUUAAAACAAGAAUUUUGUAGUUUAGAUGAUGAUGCAUUUAAUUUAUUAACUUGCAAAGGAGUAUUUUGCUAUGAUUAUGUCGAUAGUUUGGAAAAAUUAGAGGAAACUUCUUUACCUACAAUUAGUCAUUUUUAUAAUAAAUUAUGUGAUGAACAUAUUAGCGAACAGAAGUAUGCCCAUGCGCAGAAAGUUUGGUCUACAUUUGAAUGUAAAAAUUUGGGAGAGUAUAGCGAUUUGUACUUAAAAACAGAUAUUUUGCUUCUGGCUGAUGUAUUUGAACAAUUUAGACAAAAAUGUAGGGAUACGUACCAUUUAGAUCCUGCGUGGUAUUAUACCAUACCAGGUUAUACAUGGGACUGUAUGCUAAGGUAUACAAAAUGUAGAUUAGAGUUAUUAAAAGAUGUGGAUAUGAUUUUGUUUAUUGAAAAAGGCAUAAGAGGCGGAAUAUCUGUAUGUAGUAACCGAUUUUCGGAAGCUAACAAUAAGUACAUGUCGACAUAUGACCCCACACAGCCCUCUAAAUACAUCAUGUAUUUAGAUGUAAAUAACCUCUAUGGUUGGGCUAUGAGUGAAUAUUUACCUUUUGGAGGAUUUAAGUGGAUUGAAGAUGUAACCAAAUUUGGUGUUGCAUCUAAAUCCACUAAACUUCCCAAGGGUCAUAUUGAUAUUAUGUCAAUUCCGAAUGCUGCGAAGGAGGGCUAUUUCUUUCAAGUUGACUUAGAGUAUCCACUUGAAUUACAUAACAAACAUAAAGAUUUUCCAUUUGCUGCCGAACACCGCAUUCCUCCCGGUUCAAAACUACCAAAAUUAUUGCCAACUCUUUUUAAUAAGUCAAAAUAUAUUAUUCAUUAUAGAAAUUUAAAGCAGGCUUUAUCCAACGGAUUAAUUUUAACAAAAAUACAUAAAGUUUUGAAAUUUAAUCAAUCUGCAUGGCUGCGGCCCUAUAUUGAAUUAAAUACUAACUUAGCAUCUUGCAUCUAA